AUGCCAGACAAAGAUGAAAAGAAGCGAACUCAAAACAUGGAUUAUGUCUUCCGCUCUGGAUUAGCGGGUGGCAUUGCUGGUUGUAUGGCAAAGACAGCCAUUGCUCCACUCGACAGAAUCAAGAUCCUCUUUCAAUCUAAAAACCCGCUCUUUGAGAAAUACACAGGCUCUUUCACAGGUGCAUUCAAAGCAGGCCGUGCUAUAUACCAAAAUGCGGGGUUAUUGGGUCUGUUUCAAGGUCAUUCCGUCACUUUGGCGCGAGUGUUUCCAUAUGCAGCCAUCAAGUUUGUGGCCUACGAACAAUACAGAGCCAUACUGAUGCCCACCAGAGCCCAAGAGACCUCUUCCAAGCAAUUUAUAGCUGGUUCAUUGGCAGGUGUGACAUCUGUCAUGUUCACAUACCCAUUAGACCUGGUGCGUGUGCGUUUAGCGUAUGAUGUAAAGGAAGCUGGACAUAAACGACCGACUGUGAUAGACACCGUGCGCAAUAUCCUCAAAGAACCCGCCGCACUACAUCGCACAUAUGCCAAACUCAAGAUUUUCAACUUUUACCGUGGAUUUCUACCUACCGUCGCAGGCAUGGUUCCCUACGCUGGGGUGUCCUUUUGGACCUACCAUAUCAUCACUCAGCUCUUUCGAUUUGAUCCAUUGAUAUCGCCUUAUACACGUGCACCAUUGCAUUUCGACUUUGAUCCCACAGACGAUGACAUUGAUCUCACACCCUCACAGCAGAGAUUGUUGGACAAACCGCCCUUGAAAACGUGGGCAGAGCUGGUGUGUGGUGGGCUAGCAGGAUUGGUAGCACAAACCAGCAGCUAUCCACUGGAAGUGGUUCGAAGACGGAUGCAAGUAGGUGGACUACUGAAUCCCGACACAUUUGUCGGGUUCAUAGACACGACUAGAGAAAUGUACCGGCUGAAAGGAUUUAAAGGAUUCUAUGUUGGAUUGAGCAUUGGCUAUAUCAAGGUUGUACCAAUGGUCGCUGUUAGCUUUGCUGUUUACGAACGCAUGAAGCGCUUAUUAGACAUAUAA